GUGACUUCACUCAUUUAAUUCACCCUCUGUCCUUCUUUGGUUUCUUUAUUUCACUGGUGCUUGUGUUAGCACAUGGGCCUUGUCAAGCCCUAAAAUAGUUAUGCAGGUCAGCUUUAAAGAGGAAAAAAAAAAAAAAAAAGUUUUGUUUUAAAUUUUGCCUACAUAGAAGUAGAGUGGGACUACGUCAUUCCACAAGGUUCUCUUUAGAUUUCUAAAAGCAGACCUGAGCCUUGAGGUUAUUGGUUUUGACCCUGGUGGCAAUAAUUAAUCUUUUCCUAGUCACAUAUUUUAGAAACUUACAUAGGAAAUUGUAGUCUUUGUGUCUAAAAGUUUGCUGAUCCAUCUAGUAGCACCAAAUUUUUACAAACACAUGAAGUUCUAACCACUUUCAGUUCAGUAGUAGUAACUUCUCCUUUGCCAGAAGCUUUUAACUUUUUUCCAGAACUCCUAAAAAUCUCCAAUGUUGCUUGUGGACCACACCCCUGGAAGUAAAGCUUUGAACCAGGGCACAGGCUUAUAGGCUCUCCAAAAAUAGACCCAUAAAAACACAGGAUCUGUAGCCUCCCUACUGCUCUGCCUGGGAACGUCCAUCUGGGAGACCCAUUGUGUAUGAUGACUUUCCCAUAUUAGUACCAUUUUAGAGGUAGCAAAGGGUUUCCCUGGUGAUUCAGACAGUAGAAGAAUCCACCUGCAAUGCAGGAGACCUGGGUUGGGAAGACUCUGGAGGAAAGCAUGGAGGAAUACUCACUCCAGUAUUCUUGCUUGGAGAAUCCCCAUGGACAGAAGAGCCUGAUGGGCUACAGUCCACGGGGUCGCAAAGAUUUGGACAUGACUGAGCAACUAAGCAGAACACAGCACAACACAGAGGUAGCAAAAGCCUUUCCUAUACAGUAUUUCACCUAGUUUCAUAUUCAUUCCAUGAAGUAUCAAAAGAAGGGUUAAUAUAUUCCAUUUCUAGAAGGAGACAGGUUUUUAUUUUGUUUUUUUAAGUGAAGGUCUUCUUCCUAAAUGGGCAGGUAGACAUGAGCACAUUUCUUUUGUCUGCAGUGUCAGAGCCCUCACGUCUCCCCUCCUCGGGUUUCUCAGGGAGGAAGGUUUAAGUGCAUCAGUGCAUGGAAGGAGAGGAAGGCAGUGGUAUUAAAAGGAUGGAAUGUAAGAGAUGUAGGGUCAACAUUUUUCUCAUCUCUAGGAGUAAGAUCUGGACACUGAAGAAGCCAAAAAUGGUUUCCAAGAAACUGAAGAAUGUAUUCCGGGUUCCAGAUCUGCGUGGAAUGCUGCACAUGUUUAAAGAGCUAACAAGCGUCCAGUGCCACUGGGUGGACAUCACAUUGAAUCCCCUCAACCUAAAUUUGAAUCUUGUCCUUUCAGAAGAUCAGAGACAAGUACUAUCUGUGCCAAUAUGGCCUUUUAAGAAUUAUAAUUAUGGUGUCUUGGGCUCCCAAUAUUUCUCAUCAGGGAAACACUACUGGGAAAUAGAUGUAUCCAAGAAGACUGCCUGGAUCCUAGGGGUAUACUGUAGAAUACAUUCCUGUAAUAUAAAGUUUGCUGUUCAGGGAAGCACGAAUUGUGAAAAUGCUUACUCCAUAUACAGACCUCAACUUGGCUACUGGGUUAUAGGGUUAAAGGACAAAUUUAGGUAUGAAGCCUUUGAGGACUCUUCCACUGCUCAUCCUGACUCAAGAGUCUUGACUCUUUCCAUGACUGUUCCUCCCCAUCAUGUUGGUGUUUUUCUAGACUAUGAAGCAGGCACUGUCUCAUUUUUCAAUGUCACAAACCAUGGGUCACUCAUCUAUAAGUUCUCUAAAUGCAACUUUUCUCGGAAUGCCUAUCCAUAUUUCAAUCCUUGGGACUGUCCGGCUCCCAUGACACUGUGCCCUCCAAGUUCCUGAAACUUCUGUUCCCUUUCCCACUUCUGAUAGUGACCCUUGCCUUGGAUUUCAUCUUCUAUACCUGAGCCCAUCUGCGCCACUCACACCAUCUCUUCCUUCCAGUCUCCCAUCUCUACUUUAGAACUUGUGCUCCUCUUUGGGAUGCAGAAUGAAUCUGCUUUGAGUUAGCAGACAUGCUUAUUUACCCAUCGACUCUCUUUUGUAUUCUCAAAGAGAGACCUCUAAUCCCUUCUAAAGACAAAACAGUAAUGGUAUAACAUCUUUGCCCUCAUAAUCCUCCAUAUAUUUCUUUUUUGAUCACCAACAUAAAGAAACAUGGCAAAGCCUGUCUGCCACCAUCUAUGAUAUCCAGGACAAUCUACAAUCACUCCCCACCCACUACCAUCAACUAUUUGAGUGAAUGUCUGUUGCCCAGGACACACUCAGUUUAUCAAAGGGUCAUGGAAAAGAAAACACAGCAAUAUCUGUAUACAGAAUAACAAUUUUAUGUUCAGAGUGUUGGAGUUCUAAUCCUGUCUUGACUUUUACAAGGUGUGUAAUGAUGAAAAAAUUCCAAGCUUCUUUUUCCUUAGAUACAAACUAGGGUUUAAAACUGUGCCUUAACUUUUAAGAUCAUUGUGUAAAACUAAAUGUCAGUGUAAAACAACUAUUUAAGUGUCCUGCAUAAUUUAAUAAAGAUUUGCUCUAUGAUUACUGAAAAGUA